GUUCUCCCGUAGGUCCGCGUUUGGUUGAGUUUCUGGCAGACAUGUGCAAAGCUGUAUCUGCUAGGGCUACAGAAGACUCUGAAUGUGUGUUGUUAUACAACACUGAUAAGGCGGUUAUUUAACAUAUCCAAUCUGUUUUCUCCGGGAUUCAGAACAUCAACCAUGGCUCCCACAAUACACGAACCUUCACAGGCUGCAGGUGACGUUAAACUGAGCCUAGAGGAUGAGAUUAGAGAGCUGUUGAAGCAGAGGAUCAUGGUGCUGGAUGGUGGCAUGGGCACAAUGAUUCAGCAGCACACAUUGGAGGAAGAUGACUUCAGGGGAGAAGAAUUCAAGAACCACCUGAAAAGCCUAAAGGGGAACAACGACCUUCUGAGCAUAACGCAGCCUGACAUUAUCUACAAAAUUCACUGUGAGUACUUGCUUGCUGGAGCCGAUUUCAUUGAAACAAAUACGUUCAGUAGCACAAGUGUUGCACAGGCUGACUACGGGAUGGAACAUUUGGCCUAUCGUCUGAAUAAGGUUUCAGCAGAACUAGCCCGGAAAGCAGCUGAUAAUGUUACUGCCCAGACAGGUAUCAAGAGAUACGUUGCGGGAGCUGUCGGACCUACGAACAAGACUUUGUCCGUAUCGCCUUCUGUGGAAAGACCAGACUACAGAAACAUAACUUUUGAGGAAUUGGUAGAAACAUACACAGAGCAGACCACAGGCCUCCUGGAUGGCGGGGUGGACGUGUUGUUAGUGGAAACCAUAUUUGAUACUGCCAAUGCCAAGGCUGCUCUCUUUGCAAUUGAUAAGCUCUUUGAAGAAAAGUAUGAGGCACGGCCUAUAUUUAUUUCGGGAACGAUUGUGGAUAAGAGUGGACGAAACCUUUCGGGACAGACGGGAGAGGCCUUUGUCAUCAGUGUGUCCAAUGCAAAUCCUCUUUGUAUUGGAUUAAACUGUGCCCUCGGAGCGACUGAAAUGAGACCAUUCAUUGAAGCAAUUGGAAAAUGCACAACCGCCUAUAUUUUAUGUUAUCCUAAUGCAGGUCUUCCUAAUACUUUUGGGGGCUAUGAUGAAAUUCCUGAAUUGACUGCAAGUCAUCUGAAGGCGUUUGCAAUGGAUGGCUUGGUCAACAUUGUUGGUGGCUGCUGUGGAACUACUCCAGCACAUAUCAGGGAAAUUGCGAAAGCGGUCAAGCACUGCAAACCCAGAGUUCCACCGUCUUCCGUGUUUCAAGACUACCUGCUACUAUCAGGACUGGAGCCUUUCCGAAUUGGUCCAUACACCAACUUUGUCAAUAUCGGAGAGCGAUGCAAUGUUGCGGGAUCAAGAAAGUUUGCUAAACUGAUUAUGACAGGUAAUUAUGAGGAAGCUCUCAGCAUAGCUAAAGCUCAGGUAGAGAUGGGUGCCCAAAUUCUGGAUAUCAACAUGGAUGAAGGCAUGCUAGAUGGAAAGAGCGCGAUGGCUCGAUUCUGCAAACUCAUUGCGUCUGAACCAGAUAUUGCCAGGGUGCCUUUGUGCAUUGACUCGUCCAGCUUCGCUGUGAUCGAGGCGGGGCUGAAGUGCUGCCAGGGGAAGUGCAUUGUGAACAGCAUCAGCCUGAAGGAGGGGGAGGAGGAGUUCCUGGAGAGGGGGAGGAUCAUCAGGCGCUUUGGGGCAGCUGUCGUCAUCAUGGCUUUUGACGAAGAGGGGCAGGCCACUGAGACUGAGCACAAAAUCCAGGUGUGCACAAGAGCCUACAAUUUACUGGUUAGCAAAGUAGGGUUUAACCCCCAGGAUAUCAUCUUUGACCCGAACAUCCUGACAAUUGGAACAGGAAUGGAGGAGCACAAUAUGUAUGGCAUCAACUUUAUGAAAGCUACAAAACUGAUAAAGGAAACUCUGCCGGGAGCCAGAGUGAGUGGAGGUCUUUCCAAUCUGUCUUUCUCCUUCCGAGGAAUGGAAGUUAUCCGUGAAGCAAUGCACGGGGUGUUCCUGUACCACGCCAUCAAGGUAGGGGUUUCACUGUUCCUGUCCCACGCCAUCCAGGUAGGGGUUUCACUCUUCUUGUACCACGCCAUCCAGGUAGGGGGUUCACUCUUCCUGUACCACGCCAUCCAGGUAGGGGGUUCACUCUUCCUGUACCACGCCAUCAAGGGUGGGAUGGACAUGGGAAUAGUAAACGCAGGCAACCUGCCAGUUUAUGACGACAUUGACAAGGAGCUUUUAGAGCUGUGUGAGAACCUGAUCUGGAACAGAGAUCCAGAAGCAACAGAUAAGCUGUUACUUUAUGCACAGAAUCAUACCAAAGGAGGGAAGAAAGUGGUCCAAACUGAUGAAUGGAGAUUUCUUCCUGUGGAAGAGAGACUGGAAUACGCACUGAUUAAGGGCAUUGAAAAGUACGUGCUGGAAGAUACUGAAGAGGCGAGGUCUAACCAUGAGAAGUACACCCGGCCACUACAUGUGAUCGAAGGUCCCCUGAUGAAUGGCAUGAAAGUCGUUGGGGACUUGUUUGGUGCUGGGAAAAUGUUCCUGCCACAAGUGAUAAAAUCUGCUCGUGUCAUGAAGAAAGCGGUUGGGUACCUCAUCCCGUUCAUGGAGAAGGAGAGGGAGGAGAUGAUGGCUGCUUCAGGCUCCACUGAAGAAACUGAUCCUUAUCAAGGCACAGUGGUGCUGGCCACUGUAAAGGGAGAUGUCCAUGACAUAGGGAAAAACAUUGUUGCAGUGGUAAUGGGCUGCAACAACUUCAGAGUGAUUGAUUUAGGGGUCAUGACACCCUGUGAUAAGAUACUAAGGGCUGCAGUGGAAAACAAAGCAGAUUUCAUUGGCCUGUCUGGCCUGAUCACGCCCUCUUUAGAUGAGAUGAUAUAUGUCGCUAAGGAGAUGGAAAGACUGGGAAUGAAAACACCUUUGCUGAUUGGAGGAGCAACCACCUCCAGAACCCACACUGCUGUGAAAAUUGCUCCCAGAUACAGCUGUCCUGUCAUCCAUGUGCUGGAUGCAUCCAGGAGUGUUGUGGUGUGCUCACAGCUUUUGGAUGAAAAUGUCAAAGAGGAGUACUUUGAAGAAAUAACUGAGGAAUACGAGGAUAUUAGACAAGACCAUUAUGACACUCUUAAAGACAGACGGUUUUUGUCUUUGGAACAAGCCAGAGCAAAAGGAUUCCAUAUAGAUUGGCUUUCACACCCCAAACCAGUCCAGCCUACUUUUGUUGGUAGCCGCGUGUUUGACGACUAUGAUCUGCGCAAGCUGGUGGAUUACAUAGACUGGAAGCCUUUCUUUGAUGUGUGGCAGUUGAGGGGCAAGUACCCAAACAGAGGAUAUCCAAAGAUCUUCAAGGACAAAACUGUAGGUGAGGAAGCAAAAAAUGUCUUCAAAGAUGCACAGAAACUGCUGAACACACUGAUUGACAACAAGAAGAUCCAGGCUAAGGGACUAGUUGGGUUCUGGCCAGCACAGAGUGUUGGGGAUGACAUUCACGUUUAUGCAGAAGACGUGAUGCCUCGCAGUGGAGAGCCAGUGGCUAAAUUCUAUGGCUUGCGGCAACAGGUGGAAAAGGACUCUUCCAGCACAGACCCUUACUACUGCCUCUCAGAUUUCGUGGCUCCCCUGCAAAGUGGAGUUCCGGAUUACAUUGGCCUCUUUGCAGUCGCUUGUUUCGGAGCCGAGGAGCUGAGCAAAGAGUUUGAGAAUCAUUAUGAUGACUACAACAGCAUCAUGGUCAAGGCUCUAGCUGACAGAAUGGCAGAGGCGUUUGCAGAAGAACUUCACCACAGGGUUCGCAGAGAGCUCUGGGGCUAUGAUUGCAGGGAGCAGCUUGAUGCGUCUGACAUGCACAAAAUUCGAUACGAGGGCAUCAGGCCGGCACCCGGCUAUCCGAGCCAGCCUGACCACACCGAGAAGUUGAGCAUGUGGAACCUGGCUGGCAUUGCAGAGAAAACAGGAAUCCAGCUUACUGAAUCCCUAGCUAUGAUACCAGCUGCUGCAGUGUCCGGACUGUACUUCUCCAGCCCCAAAUCCACAUAUUUUGCAGUUGGUAAAAUCACAAAGGAACAGGUUCAAGACUAUGCUUUGAGAAAACGGGUAGCUACAGCUGAAAUAGAGAAGUGGAUGGGACCUAUUCUGGGUUAUGACGACACAGAGUAGCUUGGUUUGAGCUUUUUUUGAUUUGGGCAACAAAAACACUACAGACUUGGGGAGGUUUGUAACUUCUCGAAUGUUAAGUUUACAGUUUUCAUUACUAGUUUACUGCUAAUUUUAAAUGUUCUUUUUAACUGGAAAAGUAAUGAUUGAAGUGUAGAUCAACAGUGUCUGUAACAGGACUAAAGGUACUGUAACCACUUAAGUCAGCACUGUCCAAAAAGAAUUUCAUUUUAUUAUAGCUCAUUUCAUUUUGAAGACACACACACACAUUAUCUGUGCUACUGCCUGAUAGAUUUGACCUCUCUUGGGGUGCAAGAAUAACACUGCCUAUUGGGAAAUUUAUUUAGAAUGGACUAUUUAAACCACUUUAUGUCCCUUUUUAGAGCAUUUGUUAAUUAUGAUUACACACUUGAAUUGCAAUCCAUUUAAACCAACUGAUGAUUUGCCUGGCUAGCUUUCUAGUCCUGUGGAUUCCUGAACUACAGAUUUAUGCAGGAUGGCACUUUGUGCUUGAGCCUCUUGGUCUGUUCAUUGUUGUCUUUUUGACCUGACUGCCUCUUAAGGUCACAUGGGCCACACUGUUGGAUUCACUGAUCUUAAAAAUGAUUAGGAUUUAUUUUCACAAAAGUGGACAUGCCUGUUUUUUUUUUUUUUUCACUGCUGUAAUAAUCUGCAGCCCAAAAUCUAAUGGCAUGUAUUUAUUUAUUAUUAUUAUUUUUUUUUUAGCAUCCUGUUCAUUUUGCAGUGUUUUAUUAACUUUGUUUUGUUUUAGUGAUGUAUUAAACUGCCCCUGUACUUGUGAUUUGUGUAUGUUAAAACACCUUUCUGCCAAUUUUUGAGGUUAAAAAAACAAAUAUGCAAAUUUGUAUUUUUUCUUGAUUUUUAAAAUGGAUUUUUGUAAAGUUUUCUAAAUGUAGGGAUGUUGUGAAGAAGGGAAACAUUACAUUUUUAGAUUCUGCUUUAUCACUAGUAGAAGAUAACCCGGUCAAGCUCUUUUUUAUAAAAAAUAAUUUUCAUUGGUAUAUAGUCCAAAACAGACAAAGUCUAUGUGUAUUAAAGUUCUGUUUGUUUUGAAGUGCCUUGUUCAUGGACUUUGUGGCAAAACUGUUUUAGCUUGAGGACCACGGUUUAUAUAGAGUGCAACACUUGUUUCACAGCUGCUUGGGCACAGGUGGCACUAUUUCUGUAAGGUGUGAGCUCUAUCAGGAAAGACAUAAAUGGUUUGUGCCUAACAAAGUCAGAUUACUGGGGUCGGAGAAUCCUUCUGGUCAGCUGUUAUUGUGUUCUGUUUGCUAACUUGUUAUAGGGCCCUCUUCAG